GUAACACACACACACCAUCCUGGUGUUUUCCAGUUCAAAGUGCGUCCUGCGGCCGUUGACCUGCAGCGCAGCGUUUGGACAGACGAAGACGAGGACAGCCACCAUGACGACUGAAUACCACGACCAGGUUGAGGACGAGAGCAACUCCUUCUGGAACCAAGAGCCCCGUCCCGUGUCCUUCUCAGGCGUGUCCCGGUACCGCCGCUGGCUGUACCCGGGCCUGGCCGUCACCUUCGUCCUGAUAUUCGUCAUCGCAGUGGGAGCCACCAACACCAACACACUGAGUCGGCUCUGGUCGGUGGAGAAAACUGUGUCCAACAAGACGGAGUGGAUGUCCUCCGUCCUGCUCCUCACCAAAGACACAGCUAAAGAUGUGCAGAGGCUGAAGUUCUCUGUGGAGAGCAACAAGGAGCAGCUGGCCUCAGUGUCUGAAGGCCUGAAGCAGCUCUCAACCCUGGACACCAUCGGGAGGACGGUCGCCAAGCUCAAAUGUUCCCUCGAACGCUACAUCAACAACGGUUCGGUCUCUGACGGCUGCUGUCCCCUCGGGUGGGAGACUUUUGGCACCAGCUGUUACCUGUUCAGUAGGACAACCCUGUCCUGGCACGAGGCUAGGGACUGGUGUAAUGGACACGAGUCUCACCUGGUCAUCCUGAUGAGUGAUGAAGAAUGGGACUUUGUGACCCGCCAUGCGGCGGGGAGCUUCUACUGGGUGGGUCUGACGGAUGAGAAGUCAGGACGGUGGGAGUGGGUCAACCAGACGCCGUACGUCAUGAACCGCAGACGGUGGAAACCCGGGCAGCCUGACAGCUGGACGGGUCACGGCUUCGGCUCUGGAGACGAGGACUGCGCCCACAUCCACAACGACGGCCGCCUCAACGACCUGCACUGCUCCCCAGGUUACGCUACAUCUGCCAGAGACACAGCCAGCGCAGCUGAGGGCCUGCAGCCACCGGAGCCAGAGCUGCUGCCCCCUACUGGUGGGGGACACCAGCAGACCCACUUUGACCCGUUUAGCCCCGUUUUUGUAACCAGGACACUUUAGAUUGGACAGAUGUCCCAGUUUAAUAAAGUUCCUCUUGUUCUCA